GACCGUCUCCCCACAGCCCAUGCUGACUGGACUGGGGCCAUGAGUUCCUCUGACAAGGUGUCAUUUUUGGAGGCCAGUUUCAGCCCAGAGGGUGGUGAACAGGCUGGCGCCCUCACUGCAAGCUCGGGAGCACCACUGGGCCACGGCCACGUCCACAGCCUUCAUUUGGGGGUGCUGCGAAGCAGUAAGUGCAAGAGCGAGGGCGAGGGUGGGUUUGCAGACCCGGGGGGCUUCAGUGUGGAGUCAGACAGCGAACUGAUAGAGCAGGGAAGGGUGGUGCUCUGGGGCCGGGAAGCUCCGCCUGGCACCCCGGUCGACGACCAAGGGGACAGUGUGGACCACUCGUCCUACCUGGCCGAGGAGCCAGCCGCCGUCGUGCCGCCCACCAGCGUCCAGGGACACCCGUCCCCAGAAGGCGCCGCUGCCAAAGGGUCCGCUGACAACUGGGCGGGACUGGAGGUCGGUCCCAGUGAGAGAGGCACGCUGGGCCCCAGUCCUGGAAAAAAGCAUCAUGCCUCCGCCGGCCCUCUCCACGUCACUGGUCCCGGGGCAGGCCUGGCCUGGCAACACCUGCAAAGGGGCUCGAAGAGCAGAUGGAGAGUCCGCGUGGAUCCCCAGCAGCCCUCCGCGAAAGGCCCCGCCGUGCUGUCUGUGGAAGAUGAUUCCACAGAUGAGAGCUGCGACUUGCGGACGAUGAGAGUGGGCAUUCGCAGCAACGGAGGGAGCCAUGCCAAGUCCCCGAGCCCCAAGAAAACAGCAGGCACACGGAGGCACCGCCAGCAGAGUUUCCCGCCGGUGCCGGGCCCUUUCCUGACCUCUGCUCCGCGCGGACUCACUCCACUUGUGGAGAGGCCGGCUGUGGGAGAGCUGGAGAACUCUCCCUGGAAGAAAAUGCAGAGCUGGGCCCUGGGAAAGGUGGAGGUCAGGCCCAGCUGCUCAGGAGCUGCCAUGGCAGGGGCCCUGCCCCGGGGCCCUCAGAGGAGGAAGAUGGCCCAGGAGAAGAAGUUUCAAGGAGGUGCCUCUCAACUGGCCCCGGGGAGAGCAAUUCCUAUCCGCCAAGACAGCUCAGCCACUCCCCAGGAGCCGGCCACCAUCCAGCCAUUCUCAGGUGUGUGGCCGCAGGGGAUGUCCAAGAAACCCCAGAAGCCUAAGCACAGCAGCCCUGCCAGGAGGAAAGCCACAGGAAGUAGGACCAGGGAGUGCCAGGCUGCGGCUAGAGAGGAUAAUGACCCACAUAGAGAUGACAUGCCGGGGGCCCAAUUUCGCUCUCACAGGCUAGGGCAGUCUUGCCUGUCCAUGUGUCAUGGAGAAUUCAGCAGCGGCCACCCCGGCAUCAGAGCUCCCCAAAUUCCAGGAAUUUCAGAGCCCUCGGCCUACAGCCUGGGAGGCCUCGGGACCAGACACCAUGCAACCUCCAGUGACCAGAAGCCACGUGUCCAUCCUCUGAGACCGGAAAGACAGCAGCCGCCCCCGGGAGCCCAGGGCUGUCCUCGGUGUGUCUGGCUGCAGAGGGAAGUUGAGGACCUUAGGGAGCAACUAGCGACCAUGCAGUACUUCACUGACAAGUUCCAGAACCUUUGA